AUGGCAGAGGUUACAGGAGCGGACCAUUGCGGUAAACAUCUGAAUGUGGAGCUUCGACGAGAGGGAGGGGUUGCAUUCGAAUACGAAGAGAUGAAGAAUGAUCUAUAUUCGGACUCCAUAGAGAGAACCGUAAGAUGGACAUGCAGAGGCACCUUAAGGAAUUCGAACUUGGGUGUGGAGACUCGAGACCGUGGUCCAUCGAAUUACAACUUGAACAUGCCGGCAUAUCGAUUUAUCUGCGGCAUCCCGCUCUCACGAAUUUCAGACCUGGUUAAUGGCAAUCAUUCUAUAAACGAUAGCAUCACGAGGGUACGAUACCAUUACAGUCUCCAGUGUGCACUGGUUAUUGAGUCUCGACUGGGUCGCUACCUCCCAACUAGCCCGACAAUAUGCCAGUGGCUGCUCCAGUCGUUCCAACUCGUCGUCGAAGAUCCAAAAUGGCAAAUCAAAUUCACCAUGAUUUGGUGCUCUAACUUGGCACUGACUGUGGUUGUCUCCAUUCCGAGUUUAAUUCUUGGUCUGAGACAUGGGCGUUCUCUCAAGGGAAUCACUGGAAUCUCAGAGACCAAUGGAUAUCAGCCCGCCCGUUCCGAUGGCAAGGAGCCACCGCCUAUCUGUCGAAGACAUCGUAGGUUGGUUGGAGCCUGGAAUGCUCUUAUCUCACCGACGUAUUGGUCUCCUCCGAAGCUCGGGCUCAAUCUUGGACAAAUCAUAGUCUUAUUGGCGUACCUCGCAGCUGUACCCGUCUGCAUCAUAAGGGAUGCACCUUUUAUUUCUAAUCCGAACAGAGCUGGUUUCAUAUGA